AUGUUUCCGCCAUUCAUACCCAAGGUCAGAGGAUGGGAAGAUACGCGGUACUUCGAGGACGGUGACUACCCUUCCGACCAUGAUGACGAGAAUACGGACUCGGACGUCGAUCAAGCGAAGGAUGACGAAGUGUCCCGUAAAGCAAAAAGCAAGCAGCCCACUGAACCGUCUCCAAAUCAUCCGUUGGCAGUGGAUGGCAACAAGGACGCUGAGAAACCAGUCGUAAAGAAGAAGCACAAAGAGCCAAAGCGGCCUCGAGACAAGAUUCUUCGUGAUAAGCGGCUUCGGAAGACGGUACUCGAGAUGCGGAAAAGGGGUGCAUUUCUGGGAUACACGUAUCGACGGCCAAAGGGUGUGAUUCUAGCAGUGACUCCCGAGCGCGGGCGCCCUUGGGUUUCUCGCGGUCAAUUAUCAGAGCUGUAUGGGUAG